GGAAUCGUGUUUCAUAAUGAAUAUUAUUUGACAGUUUGAAAACAAAGCGUUACGUUCUAUAAGUACUCUGUAAGGUCGGUAUUGAGAUCAGGGUACAAUUAGAAUACUCAGAACUGUUGUCGCAUGCGUCGUAACUAUAAUCGUGACGCAGUAGAGAUUCCAAAACAAUCGACAUCCGAGAAAAUUGGCAGUCCGCCAUUUUGUAUUGUGAGAGUUCAAAGCGUAAAAGGUGGUUUUUACAAAAAUUAUAUUAUCACUUUGUGAAUUAUGGGUUACUGUUAACAUAUUUUUAAAAUUCAACUUGCAAUAAUGAUUUGAGACCCUUAGAAUUAAGGUAUCCCAGAAGAGAAUCAAGAAGUUGUUACAGUUUUCAUUUGUAGAAUACAUUUCAUAGAUAAAAUAGAUUUCUGUUUUCUGAAAUAGUUUUGUUGAUUAAUGUAUAUAUUAUGAGAGCAGUGCAUUAUCUGUGAUACGUAUUGUGUUAAGGAAGAGUCAAGAUGAGUUCACCGGAAGAAAUUAAAGCAGAGUACUCCUCAAGUUUGGCAGAUCUCACAUUUAACAGUAAGCCAUUAAUAAAUGUGCUUACAAUGUUAGCUGAUGAAAAUUCGCCAAACGCCAAUGUUAUUGUGGAAGCCAUUGAAGAACAUCUAUCAAAGGUCCACACCGAUGUGAAACUACCAAUUUUGUAUCUGAUUGAUUGCAUUGUGAAAAACGUUGGAGGAACCUAUACGUCGUUGUUUAGUAAAAAUAUAGUGACUACAUUCAUAGGUGUUUUUAAAGCAACACUUAAAGUAAAUAUUACUUACAAAAAAAAUGAAUUCAAGGUUGACGAGAAAACUCGGGCAGAGAUGUUCAAGCUACGUCAAACAUGGAAUGAAGUUUUUCCGCAAAUGAAAUUGUACGCGAUCGACGUUCAAAUUAACCAAUUGGAUCCCGCGUGGCCAGUCACUGCUAAACUACCGUCCAACAGUAUACAUUUGAAUCCAAAAUUUUUAAAACCAACGUCGACGCCGUCGCAAAAAGGCAAAACGGAAACUGAACCCACUCCAGUAAUACCUGGAGCUCCAGCUGUCGAUAAGGAAACGCUCCUUAUGCAAGAGCAGUUGAUACAGAAGCAGAAAGAACUGUUGGAGUUGCAGCAAAAAAGAUUAGAAUUGGAGGUAUUACAAACGCAAGUGAAACUACAAGAACAGAUUAAGCAGAGUAUACCAAAGACUGGACGACCGCAGAAUAUUUUGUUGAAACCUGAAGUUGCAAAACAACUAGUACCAACUUUAACUAACCAAAAAUCUAAUGAAAUUAAUACUACAUUGACUCAACAACAAAAACCUCAGCAAAUGCCAGUUCCUAUUACGAACGGAACGAAAAUAAAUCCAGUUAGCAGCGCCCUUAUCAACGCCAAGCCGAUAAGAGAUCCAAGACUAAUGAGACAGCAGCAGAAACAGCAACAAGAACAAGCGGCACCAAUCGAUGGUAAUAAUGCUGAAAAUCAGUUAAAUCAAAGAACUGCUUUAUUAGAAAAUAAUAAAAUUGUUACAAAUAAAGUGGGUGUUCGAAAAGUUCGCAAUGAUCCACGGUUAAUUAAUAAAAAUGAUAACCUAAUCCAAAAAUCCGAUUCUCCUACAAAAUCGAACACGUCCUCAAAGUCCCGUAACUCCGAUCCCGCACACAAAUCCCACAAAUCGUCCCGAAUAUCACAUUGUUCGACAACGUCGGAUACAAAUACCAACAAAAGUGGCUCUACCGCCACUUUAGGUUUACCGAAACUCAAAAAUAGUGACAUUGUGAAAUCUCCAUCUAAACAAAAACGGAAAGACGAUAAGCAAUCGUUGUCAAAUUUAAGGAACAAACGAGAAAAAAUGUGUAGCAAUGACGAUGUAACGAUUAUUACUUCUAGUAGUAGUUGUACUGUUCCUCAAGCUACUUUCAAAAGUGUCAAAUCUUCAAUGAAAAAUCGAAAUUAUGUUAAGAGAAAUUUGGGAAGUGCGAGUCCGGAGGUUGUACAGGACGAGGAUCUACGAUCACUCGGACCACCUGAAAAGCAAUCUAGAUUGCUAGGUGAUCCGAUUGAAGAACCGACAAAUACGGUUCCAGUUAGUAAAUCACCAGUAGUUAGUAAUCAGCCGCUUAAAUCGCAAUUAUCAUCGAAGAAUAUCGACGUAGAUCUCAGGCAACUACCUGCAGGCGUCGUUGGUAAAAAGAGAACUUCAACGGAAUCCCCGGAAUCGACAACAGCUAAGAAAAACAAAUCGGAAAUACUUGAUAAAUUAUUUGGUGAUGAAGAUACCGAUUUACGCCAAUUAUCAAUAAAUUCGGAACAGAGGCCUAAAACUCCACCACCUCCAAUUAUAUCUUCGAAUGAAUCUGGACCAAAGUCGCCGUCCGUACAAGAUUCCCCUAAAAGUAAUCUUGAUGCGAUCAGAGCUAAAUUGGCGAACGCCACAAAUAGAGAUAAAGUACUAUCUAAAUCAUAUAAUAAGAAAAAACAAAGAUUGGAGGAUCAAGAUUUGAGACAACCGAUAAAUACACAAGUUGCAAAUAAAAUUAUAAUAUCACCUGAAGACGAAAAUAAUAUAAAAUCAGGUAAAAUGACGAACGAAGAAAGUUCCAAAUUGCUCAACAAAAUUAUACUCCAAAUGGAGAAGAAUAAAUUGAAAGAAGCCAAAAGAAAAGAUAAUGAAUCAUCUUUCAAUACAUCACUUCAACCUAUAAGCGACGAAGAAUUCAACGACAGUGAUUUCGAAGAUAGCGUCAAUAUAAAAGAUACCUUGAACGAAAAUUCUCCAUCUAAGGACAAUGAAAACAUUUCUUCGGCGGCACCUCCACUAAUAAGCGAGGAAAGUCUUAUACCUUUUAACGAUAAAGAUGAAAGACUUAAUACCGGCCCAUUGCAAUCAAAAACUGAUUAUGUACCUCAACAGUUCUAUCCAAGAGACGGCAGGCGUUUUCCGGGUCCACCUGGGCUUAGUUGGCGAGGUGGUCGUGGAAAUAAUAGACGCAAUUGGGAUCCGCCUCAAGCAAGAGCGCCGAUAAGACUUUGGAACAACAAUAAUGCAUGGGCUCAAUCUCAAUCAACGAGAGAUUUCGAUAAUGAUAAUCCUGUGGUAGCCGAAGAAUCCGAAUCGCCGAUUCUUAAUGACGGAUUCGUUAACGUAGAUGAAAUAAAAUCGAUGGCGAUAGAUGGAAUAUCUAGAGACAUAAGAUUCUACGGAGAAACGGCAAUAGUUUUUGUCGGUUGGGAUGAUCCUAGAGAAUUAACAUUUCAAAACGACGGUAUCCGCAAAAUUAUUUUCAACGAUACGGAAAGCUUUGUUUUAGGCUUUAAUGACGAUUAUAAAGAGGUGACUGUUAACGGGAAAACGCAUUUGGUGAAAAUAGGUGCGCCCAGCAGAGAAAUCUUCAUCGAUUCCGUUCCGUACGAAUGUUUCUUCGGAAGCCCGGGCAUAAGAAUCCAACUCGAUGGUGUACCUACCAAAGUGCAGCUAGAAGGACCUCCGCCGCCAGUGAAUAUCGGCAAAACGAAACGAACUGAUAUUGUAGCUGGUAAAAUAAAUAUGGUGAUAAAUGCUAAAGUGAUUGUACCUGUGUUUUUGGACGCUAAACCACAAAAAUUUGUACUGGACGGCGAGACCAGUACUCUUAAAUUUGUAGAUGCAUUGAAGACAGUGUUAAUAAAUGAUGUACCUUUUAAUGUUGAAUAUGGUGGUCUCCCUAAACCUUUACUUAUCCAUGAUAAAAAACAUUUUAUUAGAUUUUCAGUAUUACCUAAAGGAAUUAAACCGGGAAAAGUGAAAAUUAUUGAUAUGGAAGGUGAUGAUGAAUCGAGAUCAAGUCCCGUCAUAGACGAAAACAGUCAAGACGAAACUACCGUUUCUGAUGCCUACGAUCCAGGUAUGCCAAUAACGGGAAUGUUGGAUAAACCAUCAGGUGUCGAUGAUUCUCCCGAUAGACAUUCCGAUUCUCCUAAUUUCUAUCAGAAAUUUAUACAACAGCAACAAAAUAAUUUAGACGUACUAUCGAACGCAAUGACUCCUACCUUAGGACCAACGCAAACAACAGGAGGUUAUCAAGUAGAAAAUAAUCAAAACUCACAAGAUGUACCGGCAAAUCUCCAACCAGUUGCACCUACCACAAUUCCGACAUUGAAUAUAAAUGAUCUCUUCCAAAAAUUAGUAGCCUCCGGUUUUGUUACAUCGACUACACAACCGAAAAAACCUGCUACCGAUAUUGUUCCUUUGAAAGAAUCCACGCCACCGACUAAUAACGAAUACACACCACAAGUUUCUUCUAGUCAAAACGCACCGCCAACAACUAAAUUUAAGAAAAAUUCUGUACUCAAUCUCAAACGGAUUACAUUCGAACGACCCGAAACGUUGAGAGUCCGACAGAGUAAUCUUUAUAAUAUGUUGUAUUCUGGUAUGCAAUGUAGUACUUGCGGUAUGCGAUUUACCGCAGAAGCUAGUAUGCUAUACAGUCAACAUUUGGAUUGGCAUUUCCGACAAAAUAGGAGAGGAAAAAAGAACAGUAGGGUCGCAACUAGUAGAAGAUGGUACUAUUCUUUAACUGAUUGGAAAAAUUACGAAGAAUUAGAGGAUCUCGAAGAAAGAGAGAAAAAUUAUUUCGAUGAACAAAAACAAGCAGAAGGUGCUGGAGAAGAUGCCGACGAGGAUGUAGAAAUUCCUAGCGUCGCUGCAGAUCCGGAUUCAACUGAUGAAAGCUGCGUAGUGUGCAGAGAUAAAUUCGAUCAAUUCUUCAAUGAAGAAAAGGAAGAAUGGCAUUUGAAAAAUGCUAUAAGAAUAGAUGAUAAGACAUACCAUCCUGUGUGUUAUGAAGAUUUUCAGCAAUCUCUUCUCGAGCAAACAUUAGACGAAAGUAUAAAAGCACCUGAAGAAAAGGAAAAACAGAAAGACAAAGAAGAAAUUGAAGAACCAGCUAUACCCGGUCUUGAAAUAAUAAUCGAUGACGAUGAUGAAGAACUAGAAAAAGAAUCGCAGGUAGCUGAAGUUGUUUCUGUUGAAAGCGACGAAUCGAAAUUGUUGCCGGAUACUGUUGAAUCGUCGGGACAAUCUCCCAAACCGGAAAAUAUGGAAGAGGACGAUGACGACGAUGUUAUUCUAAACGAAGUUGCUCCUAUUAAAAUAGUUGUCGAUGAUGACGACGACGAAGAUAUGGAAACAACUGUACAAGAAGAUUCAAAAACAAAUGCGGAAGAUGAUGGAUUUGUUGAGAUUGCUGGUUUAGUUAGUUUACCCAAUGGUAAACAUGUUAAAAUAAAAGCUGAACCAAUGGAUAAAGAAUUGGAUGGUCCAGUUACUCCGAUUUUAACAAACGAUCUGUUAUCGUCCACGACUGAAGAAAACGAUAUCGAAAUAAUUGAAACGACGCGCCCCAAACAGGACGUCAUCUUUUCAAUGGACGGUAACGUAGAACCGGCCUCGGGCGCUAACCCAGUGGCAACCUCUGGUUUAAGUGGCAAUAGAAUUAAGAUUAAUAUUAGCAAACCUUUACCUGUGAUAAAUAAAGAAAAAGAAUCUACUUUAGACAAUAGAGUGCCGCCGGAAACUUAUAUAGAUCCAUUCGAACCGUUCCCACCGGGUGAAGAACCUGAACCAGCGACGCUCAAACCGGCGCUCAAAACAGUCAAACUAAAAAAAUUACCUCCUAUUAGAAAAGGUACCGAAUUGACGGGUCUCUGUUCUCUGAUGUGACUGUAUUAAAUUAAAUAAUGUACAAAAAAA